AAAAAAAACAAAAAAACAAAAAACAAGAGAAAGCAACCAGUUCAAAAAAAAUAAAAAACAAGAGAAAGCAAACCCAGAAAAAUGUCAGUCUCAUCAUCCACUUCGUUCUCAUGCAUCAGACUCCCAAAUCCAUCACCAACUUCACCUUCACCGUCUUCGUCUAUUUCUUCUUCUUCUUCUUCUUCUUCGUUACCAUCCACAGCCAUUAAAUUCUCCACAACUAAACCUUUUUCAAUACUUAGUAUUCGUAGCUCACAGACAGAGGGGCCUUUGAGAAGACCAGUGGUUCCAGCUCCUCCAAAACCAGUCCCGCCUUCACCACCAACGCCACCGUCCGCCUCUUCGCCGACAGCCACGCCGCAGAAGCCAAAGCCAGUUGUGUUGGUGGAUGAUAAAAAUGUGAUAACGAUGGAGUUUCAGAGGCAAAAGGCUAAGGAGCUCCAAGAGUACUUUAAGCAAAAGAAGCUUGAGGAAGCUGAUCAGGGUCCUUUCUUUGGAUUCAUUGCCAAGAAUGAAAUUGACAAUGGCAGAUUGAUUUGA